CUGAUAUUGUGAACUGGGUUGUGUUUCCCAAUCGGUCUGUCCAUAAAGUGAAAUUUGGGAGUCUAGAGAGGGUGGGAUCUCCAGACCUCAAGUUCACCAUUGACCAGGAUGCCAUGGUGUGGCUCAAAUGGUUUAACCAGACCCUGCCUCAUUCCAGGUGCACUGAAAGCUGUCGCCCUGGAAAUGCCAAGGAGAUACAGGAAGGAAAACCAAUUUGCUGCUAUUCUUGUAAGGAAUGCACAGAAGGGACAAUCACCACCCAGGAAGAUGCAGACCGUUGCAAGAAGUGUCCAGAUGACCAGCAUCCAAACAGGAACCACAAUCAGUGUAUCCGCAAGGAUGUAACCUUCCUGUCCUAUAAUGAAUCUUUGGGGAUCACACUAGCUUCAUUGGCCUUGUUUCUGACACUAAACACAGCUUUUGUGUUAGGAAUCUUCAUUAAAUACCAUGAAACUCCAAUAGUCAAAGCCAACAACCAGGACCUCACCUACAUUCUCCUCAUCUCCCUCCUCUUUUCCUUUUUGUCUUCUUUUCUGUUCAUUGGUUGGCCAGGAAAAGUGACCUGCCUUCUACGACAAACUGCCUUCAGCAUCAUCUUCUCAGUUGCUGUCUCUUCUGUGUUGGCAAAAACCAUCACUGUGGUGGUGGCAUUCAUGGCCACCAAGCCAGGGAACAGGAUGAGGAGGUGGCUGGGGAAGGGUUUGGCCAACUCCAUCAUCAUUUUUUGUACUGGUGUUCAAGUUGGAAUCUGCACUCUCUGGUUGGGAAUCUCUCCACCCUUCCCAGAUUCCGAGAUGUACUCCCAGCCUGGACAGAUCAUCCUGAAGUGCAACGAAGGGUCUGUCACCAUGUUUUGUAGUGCCCUUGGCUACUUGGGCUUUCUGGCUGCUGUCUGUUUCACAGUGGCUUUCCUAGCCAGGAAGCUUCCUGGGGCCUUCAAUGAAGCCAAGCUAAUCACCUUCAGCAUGAUGGUCUUUUGCAGUGUUUGGGUGUCCUUUGUGCCUGCCUAUAUGAGCACGAAGGGGAAACACAUGGUAGCUGUGCAGGUCUUCUCUAUCUUAGCCUCCAGUGCUGGCUUACUGGGUUGCAUCUUUAUUCCCAAAUGUUACAUUAUUGUACUGAGACCAGAUUUGAAUACAAAGGAUCAUCUCAUGGCAAAAACAAAAGAUGGCAUCUGA